AAGUGUGAUUUGCUCCGGGAUCGGCGAAGAGUUAAUGUUGCAUUGACACGAGCUAAGCACAAGUUGAUAGUAGUAGGAUGCGCCGAAAGUAUGCGUACGAUAGAUAUCAUGAGUAGGGUAAUUGAUAGUGUGAAGGUGGUCAAGUUAUAA